AAAUGAUCCGAAGCAAAGAACACGACGAAAUGGGCAACAACGAGCAUGCGUACGGCGAACGAGCAGGCUGGCAUCACCGGCGCCGCUAUUUAAGUUGUCGGAUGGUCGUGCCCUGAGCCCUGAGCAAGCUAGCCGCUUUCACUGUAGUCAAGCACACUGAUGGGGUCGGGGGCGUUCUUGACCCAGCUGAUCACCGCCGAGUCAUCGUCCCUGCCGCUAUUCCCGGCCAUCCUCUUCACCGUCGCGGCCUUGUCCGCCGGCGCCUUCGCGGUCUACUUCUAUGUGCCUUCAUGGCGCGUGCGCGCGGUCCCCGGGCCAAUCGCCCUCCCGCUCAUCGGCCACCUGCCGCUGCUCGCCAAGCACGGGCCUGGGGUGUUCCGCGAGCUCGCGAAGAAAUACGGGCCCAUCUACAGGUUCCACAUGGGCAGGCAGCCUCUGGUCAUGGUGGUAGACCCAGAGCUCUGCAGGGAAGUGGGUAUCAAGAAGUUCAAGGACAUCCCCAACAGAAGCGUGCCUACUCCAAUUCGUGGCUCUCCUAUUCACAACAAAGGCCUCUUCUUCACAAGGGAUUCGAGAUGGCAAUCCAUGCGGAAUGUCAUCAUCUCCAUCUACCAGCCGUCGCACGUGGCAAGCCUCGUCCCGGCUAUCCAACCUUACGUCGAGCGGGCCGGGCGCCUCCUCCGCACCGGUAAAGAGAUCACCUUCUCCGACCUUUCCUUAAAGCUCUUCAGUGACACCAUCGGCCAGGUCGCCUUCGGCGUCGACUUCGGCCUCACCAAAGACAUGUCCUCUUCCUCUUCGCCGCUACCGCACCCUGCUGCCCACGGCGCCGAGAGCGUCGACGUGGCCACCGACUUCAUCCGGAAGCACUUUUACGCCACGACGUCCCUCAAGAUGGACCUGUCGGGCUCCCUGUCCACCGUGCUCGGCCAGUUCGUGCCGUUCCUCCAAGAGCCCUUGCGGCAGCUGCUGCUGCGCGUGCCGGGCUCGGCGGACCAACGGAUGGAAGAGACCAACAUGGCCAUGAGUGGCCUGCUCGACAAGAUCGUGGCGGAGCGCGCGGCGCAAGCGGACAGGGUCGAGAAGAACUUCCUGUCCGUGUUGCUCAACGCGAGCGAGAGCACGGAGGCCAUGAAGAAGCUACUGACGCCGGACUACGUGAGCGCACUCACGUACGAGCACCUGCUAGCCGGGUCGGUCACCAUGUCGUUCACGCUGUCGAGCCUGGUGUACCUCGUGGCGAUGUACCCGGAGGUGGAGGAGAAGCUGAUUCGGGAGAUCGACGCCUUUGGGCCCAAGGACGUGGUGCCGAGCUCCGAGGAGAUUCAGACCAAGUUCCCCUACGUCGAACAGGUUUUGAAGGAGACAAUGAGAUUCUACACGGCAUCCCCACUGGUUGCAAGGGAAGCGUCUGAGGAUGUUGAGAUUGGAGGCUAUGUCCUGCCCAAGGGCACAUGGGUGUGGCUGGCACCGGGCGUUCUAGCCAAAGACCCGAAGCAAUUUCCGGACCCGGACGUGUUCCGGCCAGAGCGGUUCGACCCGGAGAGCGAGGAGUGCAAGCGGAGGCACCCCUACGCGUUCAUACCCUUCGGCAUCGGCCCCCGCGCGUGUAUCGGCCAGAAGUUUGCCAUGCAGCAGCUGAAGCUCGUCGUCAUCCACCUCUACCGCCGCUACAUCUUCAGGCACUCGCCCAGGAUGGAGUUUCCCCUGCAGUUCCAGUACUCCAUCUUGCUCAACUUCAAGUACGGUGUCAAAGUGAUGGUCAUCGAGAGGAAGAACUGACCGUCUGAUCACGCAUACAUAUCGUAUGGUCGAUUGUGAGAACGGAAUACCAUAUGCAUAUGCUAUCUCUGAUCCACGUACUGCUAUGUAAGUGAAGUAUGUGUAAUAAUACUCCCCUGGUUUCAGAAUACUUGUCACUUUUCACUUUACUAUUUAAACUGGCAAGUAGCCCGUGUAAAUAGCACGGCUAGCUAGACCUAUUAUAGUAUUUUUUUUUUAUCAUAAUCCCUUCAACUAGAAAUGUAAGUAUGUUUAGAGUAGUAGUAAUAAUAACAACAACAAUAACAACAUAUUGUUAUUUGAGAGUUUUAGGUUGAAAGCUAACACAAUCAAAGAUCCGAUAGACACCAGAUCCGAUGCUCGGGCAUGAAACCAUACCUAUUGAAUUGGUGAAGUAGUUCUUGCUGAGCCGAGCGGUGCACCGAGGUGAGGAGGGAAGAUAGCCCUUCAUGGAUCGGUUAUUGUGAAGAAUGUUUUUCUGCUUGUAAGACAUAAAAGUUCAGUACUCAAUAAUGUCCAGGCUAGACAUCAUAGGUUGGUUAAGAUUGGCAAAACAAAGUAUAUUUUACCAAAGGUACAUUGUGCAUCUUGUACAUUGAGCACAUCCUCUUCAGCGUUUCUUAGAUGUUUAUGGUGCAGUUAUGGCUGCAAGUAUGUCAAAAACUUUUGUUUUCGAGUAUAAUGCUAACAGACAAUAUGCAUUUUUUUUGGUAA